AUGUUCCGAUUUAUGACACGUUACAAGCAGGCUGCAAACCCCCGCCUUGGUUGCGCUUCGAGGCCAGUUAUGAGAUGUGUCGAAGAUCUGGAUGAGGUCGACGUCCCAACCAUCAGGGAAGUUCUUACUUGUGACUUGCUUGUGACGGAUAUCUUGUCUAACAGUUCGCUCAAGCGUCUCUACUACACAUCUUUCGGCCGUCGUUGGGCACAACUCGAGCGAAUCCGAUGGCGAUGCAAGGUUCAAUAUCUCAAUGCCAACAUUUUAGGUGGAGUGAUCAAUGACAGACCAAGCAUCAUGAACUUCGAAAUUCCGUCGUCGAAGGUAGCGCGGGAACGUUUCUCCACCUCCCAUCUCGCCAACAUGUCGUCAAUUGGAGAGAUUAUUGCAGAGCUAAAGGAACUUACGGCCUAUGUGGGCGCCAUGAGGCUGGUGACGUAUUUUGACGUCGCUGGAGCAGCGAUGUUCUUGUACGACUACUUCUUGACCGUUGGGAUGGAGGUAGACCUGGUAUGGUCGUCGAAGUGGGGAUUUAUGAAGGUCUUGUACAUCCUUCAGCGAUACCUGCCCUUCGUCGAUGCAGCUAUACUUUGCUUCCUCCAUCAAUUUUCAACAACGAUCAGCCCGUCCACUUGUAGCGUGGUCGAGAAGCUCCGGGGUUUGAUAUUAACCUUACGCGCGUGGGCGGUAUGGAGGCGUGAUGGGCGUUUGGGCACCGCUCUAUCAAUAUUGUUCGUCGCCACGGUUUCUUUUCCUGCGAGGUUUACAAUACCAUAUCCCGAGUUUCAAGGUUGUUUCAUUACGGGAUCCAACCGAAUGGUGUACAUCAAUUGGGUGAUUUUGAUGAUAUAUGAAGCUGAUCGUCGGGGAGAGGAUGCCAGUUUUCACGCAGUUGUGUACCGCGAUGUGCUGUCUACGAUCAACGUCGUCGUAGUCACCUCCCUUUCCGAAAACUACCUGGAUAUGCUUUCAUCUGUGGAACGAUGCCUCCACUCCAUGUUAACAAGUAGGGUUGUUCUUAACAUCAGAGAUUAUGUUCGGAAUGCCCGUCCUGGAUGGUCAGACGGCGUUACCGAAAUCCAGGUCAAUUCCGGCGUUAUUCGACACCGGAAAACGAAUUCGACAGACAACCCUGACAAUGUGAUUCCAUGA